CUUUUGGGGGGGGGCAUGGUUACGCGGAAGUUACUAUAGUAUUAUUGUUAAAGUAAAAGUACUUAUAAUGGGCUUGAGGGGGGAAAGGAGUUUGAGUGGGAGCGAGCGGUCUUGACUCGGCGUGUAUACUCUUUGUGCUCACCUGUAGCUAGGAUACUUAGCCCUCCUCUGCUACCGGGCAAAGGACGCCAUUGGCGGAAGAGUGAUGGGGGAUGUUCCGCUCGUCUGGAAGUCACCCGCUCCCACCAUAAACACCACUGGAAUCGAACAACGAAGCUAGCAAACGGAGUUCCCACACACUCCUGUUGAGUUUUUGUGAGCGGUGGGUGGGCCGCUAACAUGGACUUCGCCGAGGAGUCGUCGCCCGCCUUGGCGUUCGAGAAGGACGCCUUCGAGCUGACAGUUGAGGACGUGUACGACAUCUCCUACGUCAUAGGACGGGACUUGUUGAGGAUCAGCCGCACCGGAGAAGAAGUGUCCGACCUCCAGUUUAGGAUAGUCCGCGUUUUAGAGAUGUUCGAGACCCUGGUCAACAAGUACAACUUGUCCUUAGAGGAGCUGAAAAUGGAGAGGGACAACCUGAAGACCGAGCUGGACCGCAUCGUCACGGAAAGAGCCACCGUCCAGGGAAGGCAAACAGUGGGCCCAAACCAACUAGUAGUGGACCUAAGUGACCCCAACAGGCCACGCUUCACUAUGCAGGAGCUGAAGGAGGUUCUUCAGGAGAGGAACCAGCUGAAAGCCCAGCUCAUGGUGGCCCAGGAGGAACUGCAGCUCUACAAGAGUGGGAUUCUGCCACCAGGCCAAGCUGCCAUGGUGGAAGUGGACCUGGACGCACCAGCAGCACCGGAAAACAGUCCGACGGCGAACAACCAUUCGAAAGAGGAGAAGACGGCCAUCAGUAAACUGUUUUCAUUUAAACGGAAAUGAAGACGACGACGGCGAGACGUCUGGAAUACAAACUGGAUUUGGUUGCAGGUUUUUCAUUGAGUUAACUACUUUCUAUUUUUGUACUCGAGGUUUUAUAUGCAACGCUAACAUGGUAGGAGUCUAUCAUCAAGAAGAUCUCUGGACACUUCAUUAGGGACUCCUGCACACCUUUUACUGUAUUGGAUCCAAUUCAGCAGUUGUACCUAAUGAAGUGUCCGGUGUGCUUAUUUUUAACUUUGACUGAAGAGUUCGCCAAGCGAUGCCGUGUGAUUGGCGCACGUUUUUAACUUUAUUUGUUCCAGAUGAAAACAAAAUGAUGUGAAUAUUUGUGUGGCUGUGACCAUGAAUAUCAGCCACUGCACAUUUCUGCUCAUAGUGUCUUUUUAUUCCGAAGUGUACAGCACAGUUCAUAAUUUACACACGUGGCCGUGUUAGAAGACAUGUAACCUUCCAUAUUCAUGAUUGUGGAGGCUACAGUUUCAUAAGCAGUUGUAAAAAAAACCCAAUAACAGGAUUAAAAUUUGCAAAAAAAUGCACAUUCCAUUUUUUUUUUACAAGUCAUUUAAAAAAAUGUAAAUUGGAAGGAAAUUCAUAAGAUUUUCCCCCGCAUGUGACAAAAAAAAAAAAAAAAGUACCGGUUAGUAUCCAUGCAAAGUAUUCAGUGCUUGAGCCACGGGUGAGCCAAGAUGGACGCCUUGCUGCGGUCUCCAUAGUCGUAGAGCAGCUCCUCGUCGGCCUGGAUGUCUCUGGACGCCACCAGGAUGAGGUGAGGGACGCUGUCGAUGGCGUGCAGUUUGGUCUGGCAGUUGCCCGCCUUGCUGUGGUUGAUGAGUCUCCCCAGGCGGCUCGUCUCCUCGGUGGCGUCCACGCUGCCAGGUGGCCGUAAAUUAAAAAAAAAAUACAAAAAAAUGAAUCCUUGGCCCAUGUUGUGAGAAGUAAAUGCCAUUUUAGGACAGUCGUGACCCACCAGUAAGUUUUGGAGUGGUACUGGAAGUAGUACAUGUAGCAGCCCGUUCGGGGGUCCUGAGCGUAGCGGGCCUCUCGCUGCUUGGCCUCGGCCAGUUCCAGCAGGUCGCCGUGGUACUCCACCACAAAGUCGCCCUUGGUGAAGGCUCGGGACGCGAACACACCUCGACCUUUGCCCUCGAUCACUCGCACCUGUGGUUCACAGAUAUCAGCAAUAGCGCAACAACACAGCUGCAACAGAACCAAUGUUGGGACAGUGAUGACAGUCGCCAUGGCAACGUUCUGUAAAACAGGGAAAAGCUGCUAAUGCUGAAUACAAAGUGCAGCUGUUUGUUUAUUGGCCCAUAGCACAGUCUAAAAAUAACUCAAAAAUUGUACAAUUUGCGACAAUUUAACAGGAAUAAAGUCAAAAUACAGAAAAAAGUUGCAACUUUUAUAUAUUUAAUGGUCUACGAGGGACCAAGUUGUAAAAAAAAAAAAAAA